CAGAGGCAUGGUGUUUAGUGUUUUGUAGGUGAAGCUGUGACACUGAACGCACCAUGUUAGCGGUACGCUUCCGUUUCCAGCAAAUGAGGGCAUUAAGCUCCGCAGCCUCUGGAAAGCCUCAGCUUGACAACUGCUCAGAUUUCUUGUCUAAGGGUCUUCACCGCAAGCACCCAGGAAUCUUGCGCUUGAAUAUAGUCCAUCUGCCACAAGAGGCUGAAGAAGCAGCCAGUUAUAUUCUGAAAAAAUGCCAUAUCCAUGGUAUGGAAGAGCAUGCUGCUUCUUUAAAAAACUACCUAUGGAGCAGGAAACGCCCUGUGGAAGAUAGGGAGUUGAGAAAAAAAGCAUCUGCGCUACAGGCUGAGCUUAUAGCCAAAAUGCCAGAUUCAGAGGUGGACACUGAUGAUUAUAAGGAAAAGAUAAAAAGUCAAGUACUUACUACUUUGCGUAAGAAAAUGUAUAACUGGCAGCCUUUAAGUUACACCGAGCAGAUUGGCUUGGUGUAUUUGGCCGCACGCUUUGAUGGUGGAUAUGCUGCAGUAACAAGAGCUCUACAAGAGAUACAUCAGCGUGUUCCUGAUUUUAAACCUCAGACAUUGUUGGACUUUGGCUCUGGUGUAGGAUCAGUGUCAUGGGCAGCACAUGCUAACUGGGGUACCAGUCUGAAAGAAUAUAUGUGUGUUGAUAGUUCUGCAUCAAUGAACCAACUCAGUGAAUUAGUUCUUAGAGGUGGAGAAGAGACAGGCGAUAUGCAUAUCGAUGGCAUUUAUUUUAGGCAGUUUUUGCCAGUUUCUCCCAAGGUGCAGUAUGACUUGGUGAUUUCUGCUUUCUCCCUAAAUGAGCUUCCCAACUUGUUUGAAAGACAAAAGACCAUCCAGGCUUUAUGGAGGAAAACGGGAGGCUUUCUGGUGCUGGUGGAAAAUGGCACUAGAGAAGGCCAUCAACUUUUAAUGGAGGCCAGAGAAACUGUCUUAAGAGGAGGUGACGCAGAACUUUGGGACCAUCGGCCAGCAUAUAUUUUUGCUCCGUGUCCUCAUCAAUUGGAAUGUCCAAGACUAACUGAAAAUUCCAAAGUACCCUGUAAUUUUGUGCAGCAGUACCAGUCAUUACCACUGAGAUGGAACCCACCACAGCGCUGGGAGAGGUUUUCCUUUCUGGUGAUUUCCCGUGGCACCGUGGAUGAAAUUGGCAACCAGUGGCCACGUGUAAUUGGACCUGUGCUGCGAAGACCGCGCCAUGUGCACUGCCACACGUGUGGCUCUGAUGGAAAGCUACACUAUGAUGUCAUAACUUCCCAAAGAAAUGGAAAGGAUCUGUACCGCUGUGCUAGGAAAUGUGAAUGGGGGGACCGUCUACCGGAACUGAUUUCUCCCUCGAGUUCUGAUCCUGGCAAGUCUGAAAAUGAGAAGACAAAUGAUUCAUGAUAAUGGGGGAGGAAAGUACCGAUCUCUUGGUUUAGCAGAUCUUCACGUUGUUGAAAACUGUCCCUUUCAAGAUCCUCUGAGACAAUGCUCUAUAUUUUUAUAUCGGGCUGCAAGCCUCUCUUGGCUGUGCAAAAAGAUUACUGAAAACUGUUGAAUUAUUUUUUUCUCAUUUGGAGCACCACUAGAAGAUCUUUAUUUUUUUCAUACUGAAGAAUGUUCCCUGGCAUGGUGUAUAUGCACGACAGAUAACUCUCCUCUUCUUCCCCCUGCUGGUGGAAAUAGUGACGUGCACCAAUUAUCUACAGUUCUGCAAGUAAUUAACAGUUGUACUUGUGGCAGUUGAGCACACAUGAGCUCAUUGAGGCACAAACAAAUUUCAUGCUGCCUUCUAAAUUUCUGUUAUAAGAAAUGUUUUUUCCUGAGAAAUCAGACUCUUGAUAUUAAAUUGAUAUAAACAGUUUUUAAAAACCUUUAGGAAAUUACCAAUAAUUGUGAACAUUCUUUUAAAUCUCUUAUUUACAGUAAUGCAAAGAUAUGAAUACCAAUAGUAUUUAAGUGUGCUGUGUCCUAGCACACUGAACCCCAUAAAUGUAACCCUUGAUAGUGAGUGUGUAUAUAAUUUCUUUCAAAAUAUUUUAUUUUCAUUAUUUUUUUUUUCAGAAAAUAAAUAUUACAAUUCAGUA